GGGGCGGGGGGGGGGGCGGCAGAACCUCUGAAAGCUCGCAAGUCUCAAAGUUGGGAAGCGUCAGAAGGUGCCGGUUCUUCUUCUUCCUCUUCCCGGUCACGUGACCUGCCGCGUGGACAUCAAAUGGACGUCGCCGCCUCGACGGAGGACGGACGGCGAGACCUUCCCCCGCAUCAUUCGGCGCGCUUCCGGGACGAUGCGGUCACUCACCUGCUGGCCGAAGGGCACGCGGGCAGCGACAGCCGAGCGGCGCCGGCCCGCCCGUCGUCCGCGCCUCGGGGGGGAGCGCUGGGCGACCGGAGCGUCGUCAUACUGCACGCCAAAGUCGCCCAAAAGUCUUACGGCAGCGAGAAGAGGUUCUUCUGCCCUCCUCCGUGCGUUUACGUCGGUGCCGACGUUUGGAUGCUGAUGCACGAACUCCUACAAGCGGGCGCCUGCGGGGGCGCCGUGCGCGGCUACUUGUGUGUGGACAGCGCCGCGCAGACGCACAGCGACGUCUACAAGCUCAACUUUGAAACGCUGCCCGACAAGGCGGGGAUGUUGGCCUGCGCCAAGUCCUUGUUCAUCUCGGACCAGGACAAGAGGAAACACUUCCGCCUCCUCCUCGGGCUCUUCCUGGAAGUGGGCUCCGGCAGACAGGAAGUGGGCUCCUUCCACGGCCGGCCCAUCAAAGUGAUCUCCAAACCGUCGCAGAAGAGACAAACCAUGAAGAAUGCAGACUUGUGCAUCUCGGCAAGGUCACGCGUGGCGUUGUUCAACCGCCUCCGUUCUCAGACGGUCAGCACUCGCUACCUGGCCGUAGAGGGCGGGGCGUUCGUCGCCAGCGGCCGGCAGUGGACCGCCUUCACCAUCACGCUACUGGAGGAUCAUCGUCGUCGUCGUCGCGCCGAGCAUCCGGCCGACUUCGUCCUGAGUGAAGGCUUCGUCUCUUACGGUUCUGUGGUCCAACUUGUGUGCACUGAGACUGGACUCACCCUGCCCCCCAUGGUGAUCCGGAAGGUGAACAAGCAGCACGCCGUCUCGUGCGCGGACGAGCCCGUCUCUCAGCUGCACAAAUGCGCCCUGGAGAUGCGAGACUCGCCGCGAGCCUUCCUGGCCGUCGCCAACGACGCCGUCGUGCUGCACCGGGCGGCGUCCGGCGAGCGGGACGCCGGCCGAGCGCUCCUGAGCGACGGCUCGUGCUGGACCGUCGUCGGCGUGGAAGUGGUGGACUUUGCCUUCCGGCGGGGCGACGGCGCCCGCGUCCGCACGCCCGUCACGCCGUUUCCCGACGUCGCCGGCCUGGAACUGAACGGCGGCGGCCACGUGGCCACCUUGGAGCUCCACGGCGACAACUUCGGGCCUCACCUCAAAGUUUGCUUCGGCGCCAGCGAGGCCGACACCAUGUUCAAGUCGACGAAGGCCCUCGUAUGCGUGGUUCCUGACGUGUGCGUGUUGCAGCGCGGCUGUCGUGGCAACGAGCGAGGCGGGGCGGUGACGGUGCCCAUCUCUCUGCGGCGACAGUGCGACGGCGUCCUGUACAGCACCGCCUUCAGCUUCACGUACACGCCGGAGCUUCACCAGCCGCAGCGUCGCCCGACGCGGCCGCCCGACACCGACGCCCGCGCGAGCGACGCCCCGCGCCAGGAUGACGCCCUGCUGGAGAGCAUCCAUCACGAGUUCACCAGAAGCAGCUUCCACUUCUUCAUGCAGCCUUGAAAUCCUAACGGCGACUUCAAAGCCUAACUUAAAAGCUGGAAUCCCGAAACCGGAAACUGGAAACGGGAACCUUCAUCCUAAACUUGGAAAACCGGUUCGGAUCAAAAUACAAAAUAGGAUCCAUGAAUAAAAAUAAUAAUAAUCAUAAUAAUGAAAAAAAAAAGUCAUCCUCGUCAUCUAGACAACAAAUGUCUUGUCUGC